AUGUGCUGUCAAAAAGUGCACUUCUUGUUCAGGGUUAGUAGUCCACUAGUGAUUCUAAUGCUACUAUACGUGACCCAUAUUGACUCUGUUGGUUUUAGAAUUUCUCCAGCCUAUCGUCGAGACAAGUACUCGAAAAUUUUCCGAAAAUCUCUCCCGCAAAAGGCCAGAGUUGCCAUGAUGGAGGCUGGCUUCCAGAUACCUAACCCUCUUAUUCUGAUGGAGGAGGCAAGCCGGCUGUCCCAAAGACAAAAAGACGGGGACAAGGCCGCAAAGCCAACAGAAUCGCUUGAUGAUGAUGAUGAUCAACCCAAUGCGGAGCAACAAAUCACAGUAGGCAAUACUAUUUUGAUGGACGUUGAAGAAGAUGCAGUGACCCAAGUAGGCGAUUUUGAAUCUCAGCAAUAUGUUCCUUCUUCGGAAAUUCAUGCUUCUCUUCAUUUUCUAUUCAACAAAGAACAGGAGAUCCUCGAUUUGAUAUAUGACUCUCGGCCUUUUGUCAAGAAACGCUCUCAUAUCAGUGCCAAUAUGUUUUUCAUCAAAAAUAUUCUCGUGCCUCCGAACAAGUUUCGACCAGCAGCUCAGCAGGGCCCAAACGAGAUCAUGGAAGCCCAGCAAAACACUUCUUUUGGCAGGAUAAUCAAGCUAUGCGAUCAAAUCAAUCAAAUUAGCAGGGAGAGGCAGGGUGAUACAGCCGGCACUUCAAGAAGAAUUCGCGAUUAUCGUGAUCUGCUCCAGGCAAUUGUUCAGCUCCAAGAUGCCGUAAACAGUCUCAUAGAUAGGGAUAGAAAUCCCUCUCAGGGGCUAGGUGCUCAAAAUGAAGAUGGUAUAAAGCAGCGGCUGGAAAAGAAAGAUGGUCUCUUCCGAAAGAACAUGAUGGGAAAACGAGUCAACUUUGCUGCUAGAAGUGUUAUUUCCCCGGAUCCAAAUAUUGAAACGAAUGAAAUCGGAAUACCCCUUGUUUUUGCAAAGAAGCUGACAUACCCCGAACCAGUAACGAACCAUAACUACUGGGAGCUGAAACAGGCUGUUAUUAAUGGGCCAGACAUAUACCCCGGUGCAGCUGCUGUUGAAAACGAGCUUGGGCAAGUGGUCAGCUUGAAAUUCAAGACUGUGGACGAAAGAGUAGCGAUUGCCAACUUGCUUCUCUCACCAUCUAACUGGAAGCUUAAGAGGUCACGCAAUAAGAGAGUGUAUCGCCACCUUACGACAGGAGAUGUUGUUUUAAUGAACCGGCAGCCAACACUUCAUAAACCUUCUAUCAUGGGCCACCGUGCAAGAGUCCUGACUGGUGAGAGAACAAUUCGCAUGCACUACGCCAACUGUAAUACAUACAAUGCCGACUUCGAUGGUGAUGAAAUGAACAUGCAUUUCCCACAAAAUGAAAUUGCCCGUGCGGAAGCCAUGCAACUUGCGGAUACCGACCACCAAUAUCUCGUCGCUACAUCUGGAAAGCCUCUCCGUGGUUUAAUCCAAGACCAUUUAUCCAUGGGAGUAUGGCUUACUUGCCGAGACAGUCUCUUCGAUGAGAAUGACUACCACCAACUACUCUAUAGUUGUCUACGGCCUGAAAAUUCGCACACCGUAUCUGACAAAAUCUGGCUCAUGCCACCUGCUAUCUUCAAACCACUGCCCCUCUGGACUGGAAAGCAGAUAAUAAGUACGGUUUUGAAGAAUAUCACUCCGGAUAACCGGGCUGGUCUUAACCUGGACAGCAAGUCAUCUACACCGGGAGACCGCUGGGGUGAUAAAGCUGAGGGUGAAGUUACUGUAAGAGACGGAGAACUGAUAUCUGGAAUUCUUGAUAAAAGUCAACUCGGUCCUACUGUCGGUGGCCUCAUCCAUUCUAUUCAUGAAGUCUAUGGUCACAUAGUCGCUGGCAAACUGAUUGGUAUUCUUGGUCGUCUUUUAACCAAAGUCCUACACAUGCGUGCAUUUACCUGUGGAAUGGAUGAUCUCCGGCUGACAGAAGAAGGAAAUGCCAAACGAAAAGAGUUAAUCCAACAAGCGGAUGGCCUUGGUAAAGAAAUAUCACUGAAAUAUGUUACUUUAGACGAAAACAAAGUAGAAGACGAGGACACUGAGCUGCAACGUCGUCUUGAGGAAGUGCUACGGGACGAUGAUAAGCAUGCUGGACUUGAUGCUAUGUAUAAGUCGCGUGCGGGUGAACUUUCAUCGGAAAUUACCAAGGCUUGCCUGCCUAGUGGGCUUGAAAAACCCUUUCCCUUCAACAACAUGCAGACCAUGACUGUAUCGGGAGCCAAGGGUUCAAUGGUUAACGCCAACCUGAUUUCCUGCAACCUAGGUCAGCAAGUUUUAGAAGGUCGCCGAGUUCCCGUCAUGAUAAGCGGGAAGACUCUUCCAUCAUUCCAGCCAUUCGAGACCAAAAUUGGAGCUGGUGGAUAUGUUUUUGGACGUUUCUUGACUGGAAUUAAGCCGCAUGAAUAUUAUUUUCACGCCAUGGCUGGCAGGGAAGGUCUAAUUGAUACCGCUGUCAAGACUUCACGAUCAGGCUACCUCCAGCGCUGUUUAAUCAAGGGAAUGGAAGGCCUAAAGGCGGAAUAUGAUACCUCUGUUCGAGACACUUCUGACGGGUCGAUCGUACAGUUUUUGUAUGGAGAAGAUGGGCUUGAUAUAACAAAACAGAAGCACUUGGACAGUUUCUCCUUUUUGGCACAAAACUAUAUGUCGAUAGUGUCGCAGGUUAACGGGGUGAAAGACUCGAGUAAGAUUCACAGCGAGGAAGCAACUAAUUGGUCCAAGGCUGCCCUGAAGAAGAUAAAAAAGACAGGAAAGAUCGAAGCUAAAGACCCUGCGUUGGCUCACUUUCCCCCUGGUGCCAACUACGGUAGCACCUCCGAGAAGUUUUCUUCGGCACUUAAGAAGUAUCUCAAAUCCAAUCCCGACAACCUACUCAAAGACAAAAGCACAGGCGAGGGUGAAAUCACUAAAAAGGCUUUUACAACAAUGAUGAACAUGAAAUAUAUGAAAUCAGUCAUUGACCCUGGUGAGGCCAUUGGUAUAGUCGCCGGUCAAUCUGUUGGUGAGCCAUCGACCCAGAUGACUCUAAAUACUUUCCACUUGGCUGGUCACGCGGCCAAAAACGUCACACUCGGUAUUCCCAGACUUAGGGAAAUCGUCAUGACAGCUAGCAGCCAUAUCAUGACACCAACGAUGACUUUGAAACUAAACAAGCAGACAGACGAAAAGACCGCGAGAUUGUUUGCUAAGACCAUCACCAAGCUGACCCUCGCCGAAGUAGUUGAUAAAUUGAAAGUUCGAGAACGUGUCACAUCACAGGGAAGUACAAAGGCUAAGGUCUAUGACAUCCAAAUCGACUUUUUCCCUCCUGAAGCAUACUGUGCCGAGUACGCUAUUCAAGUGAAUGAUGUACUCCGAACGCUCGAAGAGAAAUUUAUACCCCGCCUUGUCAAGCUCACUGAAGCUGAAUUGAAGAAGCGAACUUCUGAGAAGUCCUUGUCUAGCCCCUCUGCUGCCCAACCCGAGAUUGGAGCCUCUGUUGGUGUUGUGGAAGAAGCUAGGCGUGAAGGAAGGGACAAUGAUGAAGACGAUGAUGAAGACUUGGAUGAUGCUAAACGUGCUAGCUCCUCGCGCAACAAUGCUGGUCAAGCCUCGUAUGAAGCUCCUGAUGAGGGAGAGCAAGAGAUCAUCAGAAGGCAGAAUACACCUGAUCUUGAAUCUGAUGAUGAGGACACCGACGAUAAACAAAAGCCUGCCAUAGUGGACAACAGUGACAGUGACACCGAUAUGGAAGUUCCUGGUCCCUCCAAAACUAGGAAAUUGGCCAACAGCAGAGACCGGGCAGAGGCUCUCAGGGGGAAGUACCCUGCCCUCACACAGUUCAAAUUCAACCCAGACAACGGAAGUUUGUGUACCAUUCAACUCCAAUAUGACAUUUCCACACCAAAGCUUUUGCUUCUCCCCUUGGUGGAAAACGCAGCUCGUACUUCAGUCAUACAGUUCAUCCCUGGACUUGGAAGUUGCGCGUAUAUACCAGCUGAUAAGGGUGAACCUGAACAUGUUGUAACGGAAGGUGUUAAUUUGCUAGCGAUGCGCGACUAUCAGGAUAUUAUUGACCCACACUCCAUAUAUUCCAAUUCUGUGUCUCACAUGCUUGGCCUAUAUGGCGUUGAGGCAGCCAGGGCUACUAUCGUUAGUGAAGUUGGAGCCGUUUUCGAAGGCCACGGUAUCAAAGUGGAUAACCGACAUCUUACCCUUAUCGCGGAUGUCAUGACUCAGACUGGCGGUUAUCGCGCAUUCAACCGUAUGGGUAUUGUUAAAGAUAGCACAUCUCCAUUGAUGAAGAUGAGUUUCGAAACAACAGUUCGCUUCCUUCGUGACGCAGUCUUAGAGAGGGACUGGGAUAACCUCAACGGCCCUAGCAGCAGAAUUGUUGUAGGUAGAGUUGGAACUGUUGGCACAGGUGCUUUUGAUGUACUUGCGCCUGUUGGAUAG